AGCUUAUUUGUAGAUAAUUUAUUUUAAAAUAUCCGUUCAUCUGGAAGUUAUAAGGAAACGAUGUGGAUGGGAGAGGUGUGCUCACUUUUGUAGGUUUACCGAAACCAGUAUCUGCAGAUGUCCUUUUGUCUCCAGACAAUCAGACGGUCGCCGGUUUUGAAGAGUCCUUGUUUCUCAUAAUUUGUUGUUGAUAUGAAUUAAUACCAAGCAAUUUCUUUAGCCUUUCCAUAAGAGAGAAUCUCACCGAGUUACUCGUGAUCAGACACAAACACGCGCAUGCUGUCUCUCACACACACACAUCUGAGAGGAUGUAUAAUUUUUGUUUUAAUUAUUACAGUUGCUUUAAACUACAUGAAAAAUGAUUCCUUCAUAUGAUGACUGUACAUUAUUAAAUUUGUUUAUCAUUUCCAGCGUGUGUAUAUCCGAUGCCGUUCUUAAGAUAAACAUAAUUAAACCGGAAUUUAUUUUGAAAGGGUCUUGUCUUCCAGUUGCACCGGUUGCGGCAAGUAUGAAUUCUUCGUCUUCGGCUAAAAUUAAUUCGAAAACUAAACGAAAACGUUCCAGAGAGAAUAUAAAGCAAUCAGAACCGUAUAUAAAUAUGCGUAAGCUACAGGAAGCAAUGAAGCAGAAAAGGGAAGAAAAUGAACCGAAGGAAAAAGAAUUACUGGAAAAAAUGAAAACACAAGAAAAAACAACAAAGAAAGCUACAGAAUCAGAAGAAUUAAAUACAAAUACCAAAAAUAAAGAAAAAAAUGAUGGCAAAGGCCGGUCAUAUACUCUGACCAUUGCUUUGCCUGGAUCAAUUUUGGAUAAUGCCCAGGCUGCCGUUCUUCGGACAUAUUUAGUUGGCCAGGUGGCUCGUGCAGCUGUGAUCUUUAAUGUUGAUGAAAUUGUUGUCUUUGAUGAAAGAAAACACAGUGACAGAAAUGCAUCUGGAGGGUUUAAGGCAGAUUCCAACCACCUCUUUGGUCGGCUCCUACAGUACCUGGAAUGUCCGCAGUAUAUUCGCAAACAGCUGUUUCCCAGACAUAGUGAUCUUCAAUAUGCAGGUGUCUUAAAUCCUGUAGCCUCUCCACAUCAUAUGUCUGUUGGUGAAGAGAGUAUAUAUCGAGAAGGGGUAGUUCAUAGUGAAUCUUCGGAACCUGGCAGAGGCAGUCUGGUGGAUGUGGGUCUGAAAAAGAAAGUUCUUGUAGACCAAACCAUUCCCAGUGGACAGCGUGUAACUGUGAAAUUAAAUACCGUACGUUCCAAAACGAACAUUCUGAAGGGCACAGCCGUUUCUUUCUCAACUCCCCGUACAGAAGCCGGUAUUUAUUGGGGUUAUACUGUGAGAAUGGCUGAUAGCUUGAGCUCUGUGAUCACUGAGUGUCCUUAUGAAGAGGGUUACGACACCAUCAUUGGAACAUCUGAUAAAGGAACGAGUGUUGAUGAAUUGAAGCUAGAAAAAUUUAGGCAUGCUUUGGUGGUGUUUGGUGGCUUACAAGGCCUGGAAGCUAGUCUGGAAGCUGACGCCAAAUUAACAGUGGAUAACCCUAGAUACUUAUUUCACUAUUAUUUGAACACCUGUCCAAACCAAGGAAGUCGUACAAUACGUACAGAGGAAGCCAUUCUAAUAACGAUGUCAGCUUUAAGACCCAAAAUAGAUCUGGCCCAGAGAUGACAUUCCUGGAAUGAGCAAAGUAUUUCUUAUGCUGAAGAACUGUUGAACAUUUUUUUUGCAAUAAUGUCUCCUUGAAGCUUAUAUUUUCUAUUCAUAUAUAUUUUCAUACAACUGUUUUUCAAUGAUCCUGAAUGUGUCGAGUGUAAAUUAUUUCUGAGCAGAUAAAUUUGCUAAUUCACCAAUUUGCAAAGUUAAGAAGGAAA